GCGCCGCGAUGUUGGACGCCUCGGAGCCGACGGGCCACUCCCGGCAGCUGCUGCUCCAGCUGAAUGCGCAGCGCACCAAGGGCUUCCUGUGCGACGUGAUCGUGGUGGUGCAGAACGCGCUCUUCCGGGCCCACAAGAACGUGCUGGCGGCCAGCAGCGCCUACCUCAAGGCCCUGGUGGUCCACGACAACCUCAUCAACCUGGACCAGGAGAUGGUCAGCCCGGCCGUCUUCCGCGCCGUCCUCGACUUCAUCUACACCGGCCGCCUGGGCCCUGCCGAGGCCGAGGCGGGCCCGGGCGUCGGAGGCGGGGAGGCUGGCGAGCCCAGCCUGGGCGCCGUCCUGGCCGCCGCCAGCUACCUGCAGAUCCCGGACUUGGUGGCCCUGUGCAAGAGGAAGCUGAAGCGCUCGGGCAAGUACUGCCAGCUGCGCGGCGGCUACUCGCCCUUCGGCAAGCUGGCGCGCGGCCUCCGCACCGCCACGCCCGUCAUCCAGAGCUGCUACGGGGCGCCGCCGCCGCGGGCCGUCGAGCCGGGCAACCCGCUCAGCACCCACUGCGGGGAGCUGUACGCCGCCGCGGCUGCCGCGGCCGGUCUGCACCCGCACGGGCUGUGCCCGCCAGAGCGCCUCUGCUCGCCGCUCUGCGGCCUCGACCUGUCCAAGAAGAGCCCCAACGGGCCCUCGCCCGGGCACCACCCGCUGCCGCCGCUGCCCAGCGCCGAGAGCCGCCUGCGCGCCGUGGUCGAGGGCCGCGAGAACUUGCUGCUGCCGCAGCUGCCUGCCCGGCCGGAGAGCCCGGCGCUGCUAUCCAACCACGCGGCCUUCGUUGAGGCCGCCGCCUCGUACCAGCAGUCCCGCGGAGGCGGCAGCCCCGAGCCCGGCCGCGCCGAGGUGGGGCCUGGGUUCCUGUACCACUGGAUGAAGCCCGAGCCGCUGGGCGGGGGCUACGUCGAGGACGAGGACGACGAGGACGACGGGGAGGAUGAGGGCCGCGCCGGCGGGCGCCGCCGCAAGGGCGGGCUGGGCGCCGGGGGCGAGCUGGAGCGCAAGGAGGGCGAGUCGCCCUCGCCGCCGCCGCCGCCGCACCCGCGGCGCUACGGCAGCUUGGAGAGUGGCGAGCCGGGCGGCGGCGGCGGCGGCGGCGACGCUGAGGACCUGGAGAACGACAAGAGCACGAGCGACGAGACGGGGUGCUGCAGCAGCGGCAGGCCCUCGCCGGCGGCCGGCAGCCUGGAGCGCUACCUGGGCUACGAGCCGGACGGCUUCGGCGGCGACAACCUGUACGUGUGCAUCCCGUGUGGCAAGGGCUUCCCGUCGUCGGAGCAGCUGAACGCGCACGUCGAGGCGCACAACGAGGAGGACGAGCUGUACCGCAAGGAGGCCGCCGCCGAGGCCGGGCAGGGCGCGCCCUUCCUGGACAAGCCGCCGCCGCCGCCGCUGCCGCUGCCGCCGCCGCCGCCGCCGGGCUGCGACCUGCUGCGCCCCUACCGCUGCUCGUCGUGCGACAAGGCCUACAAGGACCCGGCCACGCUGCGGCAGCACGAGAAGACGCACUGGCUGACGCGGCCCUACCCCUGCUCCAUCUGCGGCAAGAAGUUCACGCAGCGCGGCACCAUGACGCGCCACAUGCGCAGCCACCUGGGCCUCAAGCCCUUCGCCUGCGACGCGUGCGGGAUGCGCUUCACGCGCCAGUACCGCCUCACCGAGCACAUGCGCAUCCACUCGGGCGAGAAGCCCUACGAGUGCCAGGUGUGCGGCGGCAAGUUCGCCCAGCAGCGCAACCUGCUCAGCCACAUGAAGAUGCACGCCGCCGCCGCCGCCGCUGCCGCCGCCGCCGCCGGCCCCGACGGCAAGCUCAAGCUGGACUUCCCCGAGGGCGUGCUGGCCAUGGCGCGCCUGGCGCAGCAGCAGCAGCAGCAGCAGCAGCAGGGGCAGCACGACGCCAAGGGGCUGCUGGCGCACGGGCCCCACUUCCUGGCCGACCCCAAGGCCGCCAUGGAGAGCCUCUACCUGGGCCUCAGCGCCGACAAGGCGGCCGAGGUGCUGGCCCAGGGCGCCGCCGCCGCCGCCGCCGCCGCCGCCCACCUGCACAACGACCACCACGCCCGGACCAUAGAGCGCUUCUCGCCGCCCUGA